ACCCAAAUUGGAAAUUUCCCGAUUUCUCUACUUUUUUAUUUUUUUUAUUUUUUUCACUCCAUUUCCCUAUUCUAAAGAUUGUUAAAAUCUCCCAUCCCAUCGCCAUGCCGAUCGCCUCCAUUUCCAUCCUCCGCCACCGCGCUGCCGUUCACACCGGCUCUCUUCCGGCCUUGACCAGCGUCCUCCGCCGCCUCGGAGCCGUCCGGUGCCUCUCGAUCACCGCUGCCAAGCAGCCUCAGAACCCGGACAGCGUCUCGAAGAAGCUCCAGCAGCCGAGCAAGAAGCUUCUCAGAGCCAAACAGACUUUGAAGGACUACUACUCCCUCUCGCCGGAGCUCUCCCUUGACGACAAUCCCCUUCUCUCCGAGGACCAAGCCGUCGGCACCGUCGCCGCCGCCCAGGCCAACUUCAUGCGCGUCAUCGUCCAGCCCCGCCCUGCCGAGGAACCUUCUGGAAACUUCGACGCCGAGAGUGCGGGCGAUUCUUCUAGAAUCGGAGUUGAGCUUCUGUGCGUGGUGAGGGCGGUGCUGAAGAAGAUAAGGAGGAGAGUUCUGGUUGGGGACAAGGUCGUGGUAGGGGCCAUUGAUUGGGUGGACCGUAGAGGAGUGAUCGAGAACGUGUUUCAGAGGAAGUCCGAGAUCCUCGACCCUCCCGUGGCGAAUGUGGACCAUCUUCUCGUUCUCUUCUCCAUGGAUCAGCCGAAGCCCGAGCCUUUCACGCUUACUAGGUUUUUGGUUGAGGCCGAGUCCACUGGGAUUCCUCUCACCCUCGCUUUGAACAAAUCGGAGCUUGUUGACGAAGAGGCAAUGAUUUCAUGGAAGACCAGACUAAGCAGCUGGGGCUAUGAACCAAUCUUGUGCAGUGUUGAAUCCAAACAUGGACUCGAUACCCUUGCAUUUAUUUUGAGAGACCAAACAACUGUUAUUGUAGGUCCAAGUGGAGUUGGAAAGUCUAGUCUGAUCAAUGCUCUAAGAAAUGACCAGCUUGCUCCACGUGAUGCGGAAGAUAAUUGGUUUGACUCUAUCUUAGGCAGUAAAUGCUUUGAGGAGCAACGAGUUGGGGAAGUUUCAAGAAGAAGUGGCAGAGGGAAGCAUACUACUCGUAAUGUUGCUUUACUUCCGUUAUCUGGAGGGGGUUGUCUUGCUGAUACGCCGGGGUUUAACCAGCCUAGUCUGUUGAAAGUAACAAAGCAGUCUCUAGCACAAGCUUUCCCAGAGAUUCAGAAAAUUCUUAAUGCCAGCGAGCCUGCAAAAUGUUCAUUCAAUGAUUGCUUACAUCUAGGUGAACCAGGAUGCAUUGUCAAAGGGGGCUGGGAAAGAUACCCGUAUUAUUUUCAGCUUCUUGAUGAGAUAAGAAUCAGGGAAGAAUUUCAGUUAAGGACGUUUGGAACCAAAAAAGAGGGUAAUGUAAGGUACAAGGUGGGAGAUGGUGGGGUUCAACAAGCUGAACCAAGGUUGGAAAUUAAGAAGCAUAGGAGACAAUCUCGUAAGAGACUGAACCAGUCCAUCCUUGAUGAACUAAGUGACCUGGAUGAUGAGGACGACAGUGAUAAAAUCGCAGGCUAUAUUGGGAAUGAGGACCGGUAGUUUGUUCGUCAAAGCAUUGUAAAUAGUUAAUAUAACCCCCUUUUGUUUAGAGAAAGGAAUGUCAACCCGAACUUAUCCCAUAAAGACAUCUCAACUGAUCUGCCAUGUACUGUUUCCUGGUGGAAUGGAAACACAAUUUUUGUA